AUGAUGGAGCUGGAGCUCAUGAAAACUUCGCUGCCUCAUGCUUGUAUGAACGCGGAACUGCCGUCAGAGAAAUCGAUGAUCACCAAUGACGACAUCGUCGAGGUGGUCGAUUCUGGAAUCAGCGAAAGCGACAAAACUUUGGAGUUCGACGAGACAUUGAACAACGCGAUUAUUCGACCCAACUUGGACAGCAUCAGACGCAUUCUCGGAGCGGAUGGAACUGAGCAAGCGCGAAAAGUUGUGGAAGAAAACACAGGGCUCAUUCCAAAGUUUUACAAGCCCUACAAACUGCUCGAACAAACCGAAUCUGGCAAGACUGUAUCGCUCUACAAAUGCAACUUCUGCGAGCAAGUCUAUCGAGGACACAACAGUAUCGUCUACCACUGCCGCCGACACAUUGGCGAUUAUCCAUAUCGCUGCGAUGACUGUGGCUUCGUCGAGGUGUGCAAGUCUGGCCUCUCGUCUCACAUGAAUCGGACGGGUCACAAGAACUGUCGUAAAAUCGACGCGACGCCCGUUCCCGGCCAGAACGCGGCCCAAGUCUCCACCCAAAUCACCUCCAAAGCGCGCCCUCAAGCUGCCGAUCUGUUCAAUCCCCUCAAAAGUCGCAAUAAUAAGCGUUCGCCCUCGUCCAUGCCAGAUUAUGUUCCAUCAAUGUCUCAUUCGCCAAAACGCUCCAGAGUCGAGCAAAUCGACCUGCCAGUCCCAAAUCCUCAUCAAACUGCAAAUCCCUGGAGACCGGAUGUGCUCGAAUCAAUCAGAAAUUUCCGCAAAAACUUUGACGCCGACGCUUUCAAAAGCUUCCAGAAUAAUCAGAAGAACUUUUGCAUGGUCGGUGGCAAAGGCUUUUCGACGCCAAAAGCAGAAUCCGAUGAGGACUCUAAAUUCAGUGAUCCAAAAUCGACGUCGGAGGACUCCGAAAUCGAAGAAGUUGAAAUCAUAGAAGAGGAAGAGCCAGCCAAGCACUCGCAAAAGCCCUCCGAAUCUACUAAAGAAUGGAAUUUCUGCCAAAAGUGCCGAGCAGGAUGCCCCAGCGACUGGAAGGAAGCUGACUUCGGCAUCAAGCAGCUCUACGACGCUAACUGGAUUAUUUGCAACCCAACUACUCCAGCCCUCAUUCUCAUGACUCCCAAAUCUCUUCUUCGACUUCCAGAAGCUCGAUCCGAAUGGUCAGAAAUGGACCCUGGCACACAGUACAGACGACUCAUCGGUGAAGAAGGCGCUGCCUCCAAGAACCCAGAUAACGUCAAGCGACUGAUAUUCUGCUCUGGAAAGGUCUACUACGAUCUCGUCAAAGAGCGAGCUGCCCGAGGCUUCGAAAACGAUAUCGCUAUUGCACGAGUUGAACAGGUCGCUCCAUUCCCAUACGAUCUCGUCAUUCCCGAGCUCGAGAAAUACAAGAACGCCGAAGUCUACUGGGUCCAGGAAAAGCACAAGAACAUGGGUUUCUACGACUUCUGCAAGCCUAGACUGCGAACUGCAUCCAACUGGUCCCGCCGAGUCCACUACGCUGGCCGAGACUCCGCCGCCUCCGCCGCUGCUGGUUCCAAACAAGUUCACAAGAUCGAGCAGGACAAAUUCAUGAACGACGCUUUCCGAAAGGGCGCCAAGGGUCGAUUGUACAAAUAA